CAGUGUACCUUGAGGACAGUUUUGUAAAAUCUGGAGUGUUCAACGUGUCAGAACUUGUGAGGGUGUCCAGAACACCUAUAACCCAGGGAACUGGAGUGAACUUCCCAAUUGGAGAACUUCCGAGCCAGCCAUAUUACCAUGAUAUGAAUUCGGGUGUAAAUCUACAGAGGUCCUUAUCCUCUCCACCAAGCAGCAAAAGGCCCAAAACUAUAUCCAUAGAUGAAAAUAUGGAGCCAAGCCCAACAGGAGACUUUUAUCCUUCUCCAAAUUCACCAGCUGCGGGGAGUCGGACAUGGCAUGAAAGAGAUCAAGAUAUGUCUUCUCCUACAAUGAAGAAACCUGAAAAGCCUUUGUUUAGUCCUACUUCUCCCCAGGAUUCUUCACCAAGACUGAGCACUUUUCCCCAGCAUCACCACCCAGGAAUCCCAGGAGUUGCACAGAGUGAGAUGAAGAAUUUUAGAAGAAACAAGAUGCAAAGUAAUUUUAAUUUUAUUUUAUCUUCUCCAGUCAUCUCAACUAGAACUCCACCUUCACCUUCACCAUUGCCAUUUCCAGCACAAGCUAUUCUCCCUCCCGCCCCGUCUAGCUACUUCUCUCAUCCAACGAUCAGAUAUCCUCCCCACCUGAAUCCUCAGGAUACUCUGAAGAAUUAUGUACCUUCUUAUGACCCGUCCAGUCCACAGACUAGCCAGCCUAACAGCAGUGGUCAAGUAGUAGGGAAAGUGCCUGGCCAUUUUACUCCAGUUUUGGCACCCUCUCCCCAUCACAGUGCGGUGCGACCUGUGACCCUGACCAUGACAGAUACUAAACCCAUCACUACAUCCACUGAAGGUGAGGCAUCUUCACCUACAGCAACCACCUACACAGCCUCAGGCACAUCCCAAGCCAAUCGAUAUGUGGGACUAAGCCCAAGAGACCCAUCCUUCCUACACCAGCAACAGUCCUGGUACCUGGGCUAGCUUGGUUCCUUUUCAAGUAUCAAACAGGACACCGAUCCUGCCGACAAAUGUCCCAAAUUAUGGUUUGAACAUAAUUGGAGAACCUUUCCUUCAAGCAGAAACGAGUAACUGAGGGAAAAAAAAAUAAAAGAAAAAUUAGAAAAAGGAAAAAAAAAAAAAAGAAGACGGGAUGAUAGAAGAAGCUGAAGAAAGAAGAAAAAAAUAGACCAGCAAUUGCAGCACUUACAAUCACUAAUUCCCUUAUGGUUAAAACUGAAAUGACAUGCAAAGGGUCGAUGAUAUUUCACUGAUGGGUAGAAUGCAGCCCCUGCUAAGUAGCCUUUGUUAUAUGAAGUCCGCUGGGAAAUAGAUGUUCUGUCUCUGACAAUAUAUUUUAACUGACUUUCUAGAUGCCUUAAUAUUUGCAUGAUAAGCUAGUUUUAUUGGUUUAGUAUUCUUGUUGUUUACGCAUGGGAUCACUAUUCCUGGUUAUCUCACAAAACAAAGGCUAGGCAGCAGCAACAGAGCUGCAGGAGGACAAGGGCUGUGAGCCAGCCAUUUUCUCAACACUCUGAUUUCUAAAUGUUUUAAAAAUACGCUCUGUAGCCUUUAGUUAUCAGUAUGGAUUUAUUAAACUUUGGCCCUUAACUCAGCCUUUUCUAGUGUGUUACCCAGUUUGAAAUUUUCAAUCAGAAUGAACACACGGGCUCUACAUAAGAAAUGCCUCUAUGUAGGUAAAGUGUUAUCUUUUCAUGCAACAGUAAAAAGAAAAUGAAAAAACAAUACAAAAGAACCCACACGAACUUUUCCCACUAAAGAAACACUUACAGAGGCAAGUGCAAUUUAAAAAUCAUAUCUAAGGGGUCAUCAUUAUAAGUCCUUCAGCCCUUGGACUCUAAAUUGAGGGGACUAAAAAAAAAAAAAAAAAAAAAAGAAUUAAAAAUUACUUUGAACAAAUUUAUUUUUCCCCUCAGUUUUUGAGGGCAUUAAAAGGCAUUAAAUCAAGACAAAUCAUGUCCUUGAGAAAAAGAAAUCAAUGAAAACACAGCACUUAUGUUGGUUUAGCUGCUGCCUCCACAGAGGGGUAGAAUUUAUUUAUUUAAAGUUACUGGUUGCAUCAAGGACCCAUAGGGUUUAUAUUUUUCUGUAUAAUCUGCAUCAUAGAGACAAAGAGAUAGGCAAAUCCAUGCCACAAGGGCAAAGCUUACUGUUUACAAACUGGUAAUACCAGGAUGGGGAUAAGAUUUUAUUUAAAUAAUGCACUCUUAAAGUCUAGUUACAGGGUGCUGAAAACUUGCAUGGUGCUUUCAGAAGUUAGCCUUGUUCAACAGAUUUCACAUAUUGACAGAAAUAUAAUGUGCAUGGGCAGACAUUUUGCCUCUAUGUCUCUUAAAAAAUAAUCGAUUAAAAUACUCUUUCCAGUAAUCCUGAUUUGCACGAAGAUAUAAUGUCCACAUUACGUGCCUUGCCUUGAAAUCUAAAAAAUGGAAAAAAAAAAAAAAAACACAAAAAAAAAAACAAAUAAAAAAAAAAAACACAAAAACACACAAAAAAAAUCAAAAAAAUUGACAUCACUACACUUGUUUUGCUGCAUUUAUUAUCAUUUUAAAUCUUUACCAUUUUUAUGACAAAAUAUUUUGUACUCCAGAUGGGAAAAAAGUGUGACAUCAUGGAUUUUUUAGACAGUUAUAUCUUUAUCUCACAUUUAUAAAGCAUAUCAUGGCUGUGUAUAGUUGCCGCUUAAGAAUUGUAAUCGACCAGCAAUAUUUUCAGUAUUUUGGUGUUUUUUCUAUUAACCUUUCAUGUUUUUCAUCUUCCAAUUAAUAUUGGGGGGAGGGGAUUCAAAUUUAUACGAAUUAUGCAAUACCAAGUUUUGCCUAUGUAGGUAGUGCUUUUAGCUGUAUUGGUUAUUGUAGGUAAGUACACAGAUUUAAAAGAAAAAAAAUAAUGUAUGCUUUUUUUGUUUGUUUUAAUUGACCAAAGUGGGUACUGCUAUUUUUGCAGUGUGAUGAGGUCCUUUUAUGUACUGAGAGAUGGACGGGGAUUUUUUUUUUAUACAUAUAUAUAUAUUCUGGGGUGGGUGGGGAUGAUUUUUAACACUUUACAGUGUAGCUGUGAAGCAGUGCACCCUUAGCCAGGCAAGGGCUGCAAAGCGACUGUUCUGCCUACUGUGACAAACUUUCAAAUCGGUUCCCUCUUUUAACUUCCCACCUGGGGUGCAAGCUGAAAUCAUUUCUGGAUUUAAAAAAUAAAUAAUGAAUUCUGUUGGAGGCAGACUUGACUUGAGGAAAUUGUUGUACUUCAAAUAUCAAGAGAGACAGAGAGAGAGAGACAGGGAGAGAGGCAGUCAGAGAGAGCAGGAGGUCCAGACCCAGAGUGAGAUGAAGCCUUUCCCACUCUGGCAAAUCUACUACGUCCUAAAGUGUUCAUGUAAGAAGAUGUUUUUAACUUAGAAUAGAAUGACAUUUGCUUUGUCUAGGAAAUGUGUGUAGAGGGCCAAAAUCUUUGCUGGCAUAACCACUGACUUCAGUUGACUUGAGUCGUUCCUGCAGAGAAUUUGCCUCCCUUAGCCUGCUUGACUCUUAAAUAUUCCUUUCUAUUUUAUUUACGAUAUUUUUUCCCCUACAUCAAAACUUUUUUUUUUUUUUUUUUUUUUUUUUUUUUUUAUCAGACAGCAUCUGAAUUCUAAUCUUCAGCCUGCUCAGACUGUGUCAGACUUUUCUCAUGUCUUCUCAUACAGCAGGUUGGAUGGAGAGCUCUGGGCUACAGUAGAAAAGGAACUUCUGAAUGGGUGUAAUUAGACAGUGGUGUAAUUAAAUGUGCAUUUCCAGUAAAAUCAGAACUUACAGAUUAGUACUAAGCCUGUUGCUGGAAACCUUGUUACAUGUGGCUCAAGAUAAGGUGACCUUUUCCUUAAAAGCACAUCCAUUUUUAAGGUGAAAACAAAAAUGGAAUAGACUUGAAAUGGGAUAUCCCGGUGGGACUGUUCAGCCCUUUGUGGUUGUCUCUGCAUUUUGGAGGUUUGCCUGUUGUGGAGCAGCUCCAGCAACAGCCGCCCCAUGGGGUGCUGGGUACUGGCAGACCUCAUCGUUAAGCCAGCACGUGGCUGCUUGUGAGGUGGUGGUGAUGGCACAUCCACUUGUCACCAGCAGGACACUGCAGGAGAAACAUGCAUAGGCAGGGCAUGGAAGAAUACCGAGACAGAAGCUGUAGAAAAGCAAAUCCUGAAAAUUUAUCUAUAGCUAAGCUGGAAAAAAAAUAAUAAUAAUAAAAAAAUCAACUUUACAUUGCUCUUUUUCUGAGCCUUAUAGUAAGUGAAUUAAUUCCCUAAGUACAUGGCUAUUAAGACUAGCUGAAACGUAGUUGACCCACCAAGAGCAUACUCAGGCUCUGGCCUGGUAACAUUAACUGUGUUAUUGCCCUUUCUGCUCGCCACUUAUCACUUAGCAGUAUUGAGCAGUUCAGGAGCUCAGGUGUGUCUGCCCAUGCUCUGUCCUUGACCCUUGUCACUAGCAGAGUGUCCACCUUAAGGUUUUAAUAGCACACCAGAAUGAAACUGAAGCAAGUUCAGACUUUGAACUUGCAGGAUUUUCAAAAGAAUGAUUACCUUUGUAGGAAGAAAUAUGCCUUUAACUGAGCUUUUCUAUUUCUGACCUCUUGUAUGAAAAUACUGAAUUUGCAGAUGCAAUAUUUUAAAAAGUAAACUCCUUCCAUCUGAAUGAAUUGGUUUUGUUAUACAUCAGAGUAUUUUUUUUUUUUUUUUUUUUUGGGUUAUGUCUCUCUGAUAGAAAAUUCUGGUUUAAAGAAACUUCUCAUUUAUGGUUUUUAUUUUUUAAGCUCAGCAGUCAAAUGAUUAAGAUAACACUGAGAACUCAAAUCCAGUCUCUGGCCUCCUCCUUCACCAGGAAGUGUAUUCUGACUAAAUCAAGCCACCCCGUUCUAUGUGCACUGUUCUGCCUUUAUUAAGUUGCUUUGCAGCCCUGGCCUCAUGGCUGUGCCACUGAAGUGUGUUCCCCCUGGAGUGACAUGAACGUUUAAGGCUUGACUAAGGAAAAAAAAAGG